AUGAAUUGUGGUGGUGGUGGAGACAUGUUUAAGUGGUAUAAUCGUAAAUAACACGCGCAAUUGAGAUUCUAUAUUCUCUCUCUCAGAUAAUAAGUAAGAAGAGAAGAGUGACUUCUCUCUGUUUUAAAGUCAUUCGAGCCAUUCCCAUGUGCCUUGUCUCCGACAGCUUUCUCUCUCUUCUUGCUCUUGCUCUGGUUCACAUGGUACUUCGAUAAGAUUCACUCUAUUUUUAAGGUUUUUCAUCUCAGAAAAGUCAGGUGGGUACUUCCAAAAUUGGAUUUUUUUUCUUCACUCGAACAAUUCUGUUCGAUCUCUAAUUCCUCGGUUUUUUUUUUUUUUUUAAACUUUAUCAUGAUCCCCUCGAACACAUCAGAUCGUAAAUCCUCUCUCUCUCUCUCUCCUUCUUGAUCCUGUCGGAAAAUUCUUUUAUCUGGAGUGUAUAUUGCUCAAUUAACCCAGUCACAUAGACCCAAAAAGUUUUGCAGAUCAUUUAAGGUGUGAAUCAUCACAAGAAAUGUACAAGCAUCCUAGACAAGAGAUUGAGGCUUACUAUUUGCCUCCUUUUGAGCCUAACUCUGUUGAGAAGCUUAUGUACUUACCGUUUCAAAACUCUCCUAAACGGUAUCGCACGCGCGAGCCAUCUCCCGAUUCUCCUGCUUACAAUGCUCUUUCAUCCGCUACGGUUUUUGUACAACAUAACAACAACUCUGCAUAUGAUGAUACCUCUGGCUCUUGUGUGACGGACGAUUUGAAUGAUGAGUUCAAACACAAGAUAAAGGAGCUCGAGACAGUGAUGAUGGGACCAGACUCCUUGGACCUAUUCGUUGAUGGCACGGACUCCUUUGAUUCCACAUCGUGUCAUAACAGCUGGAGAUCAACUCUAGAGGCACUCUCGAGACGUGAUCUAAGAGCUGAUCUUGUCUCAUGUGCGAGAGCUAUGUCUGAAAACGAUCUAAUGAUGGCACAUUCAAUGAUGGAGAAGCUACGCCUAAUGGUCUCGGUUUCUGGUGAGCCUAUUCAGAGGUUAGGAGCUUACUUACUUGAAGGCCUCGUGGCUCAACUAGCUUCAUCAGGUAGUUCCAUAUAUAAAGCACUUAACAAGUGCCCUGCACCUCCAAGCAACGACCUUCUCUCCUACAUGCACAUUCUCUAUGAGGUCUGUCCUUACUUCAAGUUCGGUUACAUGUCAGCAAACGGUGCCAUUGCUGAAGCCAUGAAGGAAGAAAACAGAGUUCACAUCGUCGAUUUCCAAAUCGGUCAAGGGAGUCAAUGGAUCACUCUUAUCCAGGCUUUUGCAGCUAGGCCCGGUGGGCCUCCUCGGAUACGUAUAACUGGUAUUGACGAUAUGACUUCAGCGUAUGCUCGUGGAGGUGGUUUAAGCAUUGUAGGAAACAGACUCGCCAAGCUUGCUAAACAGUUCAAUGUUCCGUUUGAGUUCAACUCGGUGUCAGUGUCAGUGUCCGAGGUUAAACCUAAAGAUCUCGGAGUUCGAGCAGGUGAAGCUUUAGCUGUUAACUUUGCCUUUGUGCUUCAUCAUAUGCCUGACGAAAGCGUUAGCACCGAGAAUCACCGGGACCGGUUACUGCGAAUGGUGAAGAGCUUGUGUCCUAAAGUAGUGACUCUAGUGGAGCAAGAAUCAAACACAAACACGGCAGCUUUCUUACCGAGGUUCAUGGAGACAAUGAAUUACUAUGCUGCGAUGUUCGAGUCUAUUGAUGUGACUCUCCCAAGGAAUCACAAACAGAGGAUUAAUGUGGAGCAGCAUUGUCUAGCAAGAGAUGUUGUGAACAUUAUUGCGUGUGAAGGAGCUGAUCGGGUGGAGAGGCACGAGCUUCUAGGGAAAUGGAGGUCACGGUUUGAGAUGGCAGGUUUCACACCUUACCCGUUGAGCCCGUUGGUGAAUCUCACCAUUAAAAGUCUGCUUGCGAACUAUUCUGACAAAUAUAGGCUGGAAGAAAGAGAUGGAGCCUUGUUUCUUGGUUGGAUGCAACGAGAUUUGGUCGCCUCGUGUGCCUGGAAAUGAAGACGGAGACAUUCUAUAUUGUAAUCGCAAUUAGAAGUGUUUUCUACAUGUAUGCAAUUUAGUCGUUCAUUUUAAAUCUUCAAAACA